CCUGGAAUGUUUGGUAUCGUAUGGCAUUGGCAUUUUGCUUGCACGCUUGGAUCUGGAGGCUGUGCGAGUGGCGGUUACCAGCGUUUACCAGAGAUCGGUAUCACCUGACAAUUGUCAAAUUUCCUAACCAAUACUACGAGGCAAAGACCCUGUCCCACACCGCGUCUGUAAAACACAACAAUGGUUGAUUACAGCAAGUGGAAAAACAUAGAGAUAUCCGAUGACGAAGAUGACACCCAUCCCAAUAUCGAUACUCCGUCGUUGUUUAGGUGGCGGCAUCAGGCUAGAUUGGAAAGGAUGCAGGAACAGAGAGCCGAACAGGAAAAGCAUGAAAGAGAGAAAGAGGAAAUUGCGCGAAAGUUGAAAGAAGCUAAGGAAAAGUUGACCAAGGUAGAAAAAGGUGAGGAAAAGGACCAGCAAGACCUGACAUCUGUUAAAAAGGCAUUGGAAGAGCUUAAAAUGAAAGAGUCUGAGAUAUUGCAUAAAGAGGAAGAGUUGAAGAAGAAGGAAAAGUUGCAACCAUGGAAUGUAGAUACAAUUGCCCAGCCAGGUUUCACAAAGACGGUAAUAAACACAAAGCCAGCUAGAAAGGAAGAUGAGAGUAACUUGCCAGAUGAAGAGAAAGAGAACAGGAUGAAGCAGUUUGUUAAGCGUAAUGAGAAGACCUUGAAGGAAUUUGGUAUGCUGCGGAGGUACGACGAUAGUAAAAAGUAUCUCCAGGACCACCCAGAUUUGGUCUGUGAAAAUACGGCAAAUUACUUGGUCAUUUGGUGCAUCAAUUUGGAAAUGGAAGAGAAACAUGACCUAAUGGAACAUGUGGCUCACCAGUGCAUUUGCAUGCAGUAUAUUCUUGAACUCUCCAAGCAGCUAGAUGUUGACCCACGUGCCUGUGUUGGAUCGUUCUUCAGUCGUAUACAAAUUGCUGAGGUUGAAUAUAAGAAUUCCUUUGACGACGAACUAAAGUCCUUCAAGGAAAGGAUUCGCAAGAGAGCAGCAGAAAAAGUAGCUGAGGCGCUAAAAGAAGCUGAAGAAGAAGAGAGAAAGAGUCGCCUCGGUCCCGGAGGUCUAGAUCCGGUUCAAGUGUUUCAAGAACUGCCCGAGGCCUUACAAAAGUGCUUUGAAGCACAGGAUAUACCACUGUUGCAACAGACAAUAGCAUCGAUGCCAGAAGAGGAAGCAAGGUACCACAUGAAACGAUGCAUUGAUAGCGGACUAUGGGUCCCGGAUGCAAAAGCCGCUAAGGAACAGCAGGAAGAAGAAGAAGCUAUCGGAACUCCAGACCCUGAAUAAUAAUAUCUAGCAUAUAAUAAAUUUCCGAAAAAUUAUUGCUCGAAUUAUUUUUCGUUCAAUACAACAUGCCCUCAUACUCAAUCGUAAUGUAUUACAUAAUUGGGUAUUACUUAUGCUGCUGUUUUGUCGAAGAAUUGAUGAUUCGUUGCUGAAGAAUAAUCAUCGUCUUGGUCACGUUGACUAAAUAUCAGCUAGAAGAUAUGAAAAGAGUUUUAUUCGUCUGAGAUUAUUGUUCCGAUUUAUUUGAAGAGCUGGCGAUGACGUAGUGUUACGUCAAAUUUAAGAUGAAAAGUAAACUGUGGACAUUCUACGUUGCGUGUAUUGUCUUUCUGCUGUAAAACUGCUGUUUUUUUUCCUUACAAUUGAAAAAAAAAGAUUGCGAUUAUAUUACUAUUAUUACUAUCGUCGUUGUUGUUAAUGUUGCUGCUAUAUAUUAUUUUCAUUGUCGACUCUUCAACAAUUCACAAUUUCAAGAACAAUAUGCUUGACAAGGGAGAUUUCAGUGUCACAUUCUACUCUGUAUAAAAUUAGAAAAUAAUAAACCGUGUAAAUACGUGCCGAUUCUUGAA